ACAAUCGAUUUUAGCUUACAGCAUUGCCAGAUCGCAAUGAAAAGCUGCUCAGCUGUUAGAAGCGUUUGACUUUUUUUUGACUUUGAUACAUUUUCUUAAGCGCAAUUGCAAUAUAAUUUGCAAUUGCUGAAGAAACAAUGCGCGAUGUGCCGAAAUCUCUCGGUCUCUCGGUCACAACUCCAGGCGGCAGUUCGGGUGCUCCGGACAGUGGACGCCACAACAGCUUGGAGGAAAUCAAUCUGGACCAGUUCCUGAAGACGUCUAACUACGAGGACACGGUGAAGCAGCUGGACAUCUACUAUGGCAUCGUCAAGCGUCAACUGCUGCGCUACCAGAGUCCCAUCACCGGUUUGUUUCCGGUGAUGAGCACCGACCAGUUGGUGGGAUCCGUGCGAGACAGUGUGUAUUGCGCAUCCGCCGUGUGGAGCUUGUACCAGGCGUACAGAAGAAUCGACGAUGACCGCGGAAAGUCCUACGAACUGGGUCAGAGCACUGUGAAGUGCAUGCGAGGCAUUCUGGAGUGCUGGGUCAAGCAGGCAUCGCGGGUGGAGCUCUUUAAGCAGCGCCAGUCCAAUCAGCACGCACUGCACAGCAAGUUCCAGCUGCACACCGGAGAGAAGAUCUAUCCGGAUGAGUUUUACAAUCACCUGCAGAUCGAUUGCGUUUCUCUCUAUCUGUUGUUCCUCGUCCAGAUGAUAACCUCUGGCCUGCAGAUCAUUUACACCCACGACGAGGUGGCCUUUGUCCAGAAUCUAGUGUACUAUGUGGAGCGCGCUUAUCGUACACCCGACUUUGGCAUGUGGGAGCGGGGCUCUAAAUAUAACAAUGGCACCCCGGAGAUCCAUGCCUCCUCCAUUGGCAUGGCCAAGUCCGCCUUGGAGGCCAUUAACGGAUGCAAUCUGUUCGGCGAGAAAGGAGCUUCAUGGAGUGUUGUCUAUGUGGACAUUGAUGCCCACAACCGGAAUCGCAGUAUUUUCGAAACCAUGCUGCCCAGGGAAUCAAGUUCAAAGGGAGUUGAUGCGUCACUGCUGCUCACACUUUCCUUCCCAGCCUUUGCCUCGCAUGAAGAUCGCCUGGUGGAGCAGACCAAACAAAAUGUUGUAAAUCGUUUGCGCUGCAAAAUGGGUUUCAAGCGCUUCACCCGUGAUGGAUUCCUUAGCAAAAACGAGGACAAAUCACGACGCUAUUAUCACUCUGGCGAGCUAAAGGAAUUCGAAGGCCUGGAAUGUGAAUGGCCGCUCUUUUUCAUAGCCAUGAUUAUCGAUGGCGUGUUCAAGAAUAACAAUGAACAAAUUGAAGAGUUCCAAAACGAUCUGAGGCGCUGUUUGCGUACUGAUGUCAAUGGAGAUCCCGUGGUGACAAUGUACUAUGCGCCGGAUGGAGAUGGCUCCUACAUGCGUGCUCCAUCGCAAUCGCUGUUCCUGUGGGGACAGUCCUUCUUUAUCAUAGCCCAGCUGCUGACCGCAGGACUCCUACACAUCAAUGAAUUGGAUCCAAUCCGCCGCUACUUGCCAAGCUAUAAUCGGCCCAGAAGGGCUGGUCGUUAUUCGGCUUUCCAGGGCAAAGCUAUUGACGAAAAACACAAAAAACCACGCAUACCUAUAAUAUUGGAUGACAAAAAGGGCACAGCCACUGAUCUUGUGGUGCAGAUUGUCCUGAUUGCCGAGUCCAUGCGACUGCAGGCUAUGAUGGCCACCUAUGGCAUUCAAACACAAACCCCACACGAGGUGGAACCUGUCCAAAUCUGGAGCUCUACAGAGCUCAUUAAAGUAUAUCAACAUCUCGGAGUUAACAACAAGGUUGGCCUGUCCGGUCGUCCAUCCAGACCGGUGGGUUCUUUGGGCACCAGCAAGGUGUAUCGCAUCUGCGGCAUGACCGUCCUUUGCUACCCACUAAUCUUUGAGGUCUCCGACUUUUAUCUCUACCGGGACAUGGCUCUACUAAUUGAUGACAUCAAGACAGAGCUACAGUUUGUGGGCAAAUACUGGCGGCUGUCGGGCAGACCGACAGUUUGUCUGCUUAUUCGGGAGGAGCACAUGCGUGAUCCGCAAUUCAAGGAGAUGCUUGACCUGCUGGCCAUGCUAAAAAAGGGCUACUGCGAUGGCAUGAAAGUUCGCAUUGGUCGUCUACAGAAUCUGAUUAGCAGCUCGUGCAUCGAGCAUCUUGACUUUAUGAACCAAAGUGAUCUGACCGACAACGAGAAUGCGUUCUCGCAGAUCAACCAUGAGUACAUUGGCUACCAAUCGCUAACAGAUGUUCCCAAAGCUCUGACAUAUGUGGAGGAAAAGAUUUCGGUUGCGCACUUCGAUACCAAACCCACGCCGGAUAUCAUCAACGCACUACGCAGUACGGAUUCCAUUUACUGUUUGUGCCAAUUGUGGGGUAUUAUUCUCAACCGCGAGGGUCCUCAUUUCGAGGUAAACGGUCUGAAUGUAAACACGGCCUUGACGCAGCUAUACCACCGCGCUGGUUCCUUGCGCUACUGGCGUGCCGUGCGCUACUGCUCUUCUCUUCUUCACCACAUUGUGGACUCCAUUAGUCCAUUUAUCACCACUGUGUUAGUGAAUGGCAAGGAGCUCACAGUGGGCAUCAUUGGCCAGAAGGAGACGGUUUUCGACAAGCCCAUGACGCCGGCGGAAAUUCAAAAUGUCAUGUACACGAGUGUCCAACCCUACGACGUCAUCCAGGCGGUGUUGCAGCAGGAAGUGGUUCUGUAUUGUGGCCGUUUAAUAGCCACCAAUCCAUCCAUGUUCCGUGGCAUAUUAAAAAUUCGCAUUGGCUGGGUGCUGGAGGCCAUGCGAAUCUAUUUACAAAUCUCAGGACAACAGAGCAUUGAUGUGGACAAUCUUUCGCCCUUCCAAGUCCGCAUACUUCUUCAGAAAGUUUUAACCGUCAGCGAAUGGGCUGUAGAAGAAAAGCUUACUACCCUACAACGUCGUCAACUGGAGGGAUGCUUGUGCCGUGUGCCAAAACAUUUCUAUAACAAAAUCUGGGAAAUCCUUCAGCGAACCCCACAAGGCAUUCUGACCCAGGGUCAUCAUUUGCCAGCCACGCCCACACUAACCAACAUGAGCCGCGGCGAGUUGACCUUUAAUCUGCUGGUCGAGGAAACUCUGAUUUGCAUUGACCGCCCGGAAAGGCGUCAGAUAACCGUGGAGCUUUUGUGCAUUGUGGCCACCAUUCUUAAUCGUAACCCCGAGCUGCACUUUAAGCAAGCUCUAGACUUGGACGGCAUCUUGGCGGAAGCGUUCGCAAUGUACUGCAAGGACAAUAACAUACAGCAUCAACCAAAAGCAGAGCAUGAGCAGACCAAAAAUGAGGAUCUCAAGGCUUUCUAUUCGUUGCCAUAUUCCGAGACUACGGGCUAUUUGGCUCGCGCCGCGGUCAACAAGGUUUUGCAGGGUGGCAUCUUCUCCACCACUGAAGAGGAUGUUCAGCUCGAUGGCGAUCGUUUGCACGACGACAACUGUAAGGUAUCCUAAGCCGAGGAAAUCCGGAUCUAGAUUAUGUAUAUAGCACAGUUUGACAUAUCUUCGUUGCACUGACCCACCAUUAGCUCGAAUGUUGUAGCUAUUUUAUUCUGUUAUUCUUAUUUAACUUGUCUCUCUGUGUGUCCCUCGCCGUUCGCCUAGUUCUAAAUUAAAUGUUAUGUAUAUUUUGUUGCAAUAA